AAUUAAAAUGUAUUAAACAAAUCACUAUAUAUAUAUAUAUAUUAAUAAUGCCGAAUAAGAAAUUCAAACAAUAAUAUUAUAGAGUUACACAAUAUAUAAUAUUAAAAUGGAAAUUGUAUAUUUAAAAUAUUUGUAAUAAUAUCAAAUACAUUUAUAAAAUGAAAAAAUAUCCGCAAAGACGUGCGGGUUAAAAUCUAGUUUCUAUUAAUGUUGAAAGUUGAAACACUUGUUCACGUAAAGGUUGGAGUGAAGAUGAUGAAGUUUGACUAAGUGAUGGAUGUUUCCAUGAACACCAAAAUGCCAUUGGCUUGAGAUGAGUGACGUCUUAGACAUUUUAAUUGGAACCAACCCAAAAAUGACUAGUUCGGAUCGUAUGACCUUUUUACUCGGCGGUUCCCAUUACUACUCGUGCGUAUCGGUUCGUUUUUGAUUCCUACCCGAAAAAAUGCAUACCUUACAAUAUAAUAUUAAAAAAAAACUCACGACCAUUACUCGAAAAUGGGUUGAAUGGGAAAAAGAUAAACUGUGUUACCACUGUUGGAUAUUUAAGUGAAUCCUUGUAACCAUUAAAGAGAAGCAUUGUAAUUGUUUAGAUGAACAAAUGCAACUGUUUGUGAUUGUAACUAUUAGUGGUAAAUGGUUGCAACUUUUGGCGAUAAACCAUUGUAACCAUUGGUGAUUAAAGCCUUUGGUGAUGAACCAUUGUGACUUUUGUCUAACCAAUGUAACUGUUGGUAUUAAUGGUUGUAACUCUUCACUAACCAUUGUAACUAUUGGUGCUAACCAUUGCAACCCUUAAUACUCUAUAUAAAGAGUUGUGGGCUAUGGAAAAUUAUAACUUGAAUCACAACUUGUAAAACAAGAUUGAAGAUCAAAAACUAAUAGUUAGUAAAAGAGAGAGAAAUGAAGAUUCAUUAUUGUUCGAAGAUUAUCAAAGAUUUUUGAAGAAACACAUAUAAGCACUUAAGUUUUAUUUGUUAUUUUUGUAUCUUAGUCUAUAACAAGAAUGAAACUUUGAUUGUCUUAUCUACAAAGGCUUGGAAUAGGGUCGAAAUAUUCUUUAAGGAAAGGAUGGCGAUUAAUCAUUAUCCAAGUAUAUAGUUCACACCCAUUCGGGUUACCAAACCACAAAUAAUUAACCAACAACCACGAGACGACUUCAACUUACAUGUUAGCUCUUACCACUGAAGGUGAGUUUACAACUCAAACUCGGGUUAGAUAGUCAAACAUGCAAACUACAUUACCACUGGACCACUUUGAUUUUCAUGUAAACUCUUUCAUAUUUAAUAUAUGAUUCAGUAGUUCCCCUUGGACUUGCAAUCAUCUUUAGGUUUCUUGUUAAACUUCUGCUUUCUUUUAAUUAUAUGCAUAAUGUAUCAAUCUCUGACCAAAAACAUAACAAGAGAGAAACAGCGAAGUUUACAGAGUAUCUAAAGAGUUCGGCUUUUAUAAUAUUCUUUCGGUUCAGUUACUUCUAAGAUUUUCCAUUUUUAAUCUACUUUUGAGCCCUACACCAGUUAGAGUCUAUGAUUAGCAGAGACGGUGAGAUGCGGGGAAGUCGGCUGAACACAUGAGUUUUUUCAACCAUUUUGUUCCCACUACGAUAAAUAUAUUUAUUGAGUUCUUUAAGAUAUACACACAUCUGUAUAUAUACCAAUACAAUGUACAUGUAACGGAAGAUGGAUGAACGUGACGGAGCGGAGCGGAGCCGUUUACUUUAAAGUCAAUGUGCUAUAUACAAAGGCCGUUGACGUUCAAUAUUCCACUAUAUGCUAAGUCAAAUAAGUUGAACCUAAACUUAAUUCUUCUUUGGCAUGUUACAUACAAAAAUAUAAGUGACCUGGUGUAAAGAAAAACUAAGUGACCAACAUUGCCUUAAAUAAUUGCUCUAAUUAGUUAAAGAUGUAGCAUAAAAAGAGAAGCAUAAUAUGUAAAAGACUAGUCAGUUUAUUUUGAGAUACAGUUCCUGAACUUUCGAAUACAAAGGCAUUAUAUGUAAAAAUAAUGUAUGUUAAAUUAGUAUUUUAUCUCGGUGAACACCAGAAUAAGAUAAAACCAAAAUCUUCUAUUCUUUUUGGAAAGAAUGUAAAUAUUCCUUUACGUCAAGAUAUCAAAACUGCUCUCGGCAUUUUCAAUGAGGGAGGCAUGGGUUUAUACCUAGAACUUCCAUGAAACUUGGUAAUCCCAACUCGUUCCGCUUGAGGAAUCAUCCCUACCAUGGACAUAUAUAUAGAUCCUGAAAUGCUCGUCUAUAACCUGGUACGUAGGGACACAAAUGAGUGGGAUGUUUCACGACUUCGUCAGUUAUUCCAACUCAACGAUGUAACCCAUAUUCUUGGCUUGAGGCCUAGUCAGACUCUCACACUUGAUGCUUACGUCUCAAACUAUACUAAAUCAGGUGUUUAUACAGUGAGGUCCAGGUACGAGUUGAGCAUAGGUUCUCAUUCGAGAAAUUGAUGAAAAAAAUUGGAGACACCCUCUUAAAACGUCAUACUUCAUCGUUAUAGUUCACUUUUAUUUUUAAACUAAAAAUGGACCCGUGCGUUGCACUGGUUACUGUUUUAAUUUCACGAUGAGAAACUUUUAGUGAAAUUGUAUGAUUUUCUUGCAUAUCUUAUGUGAAAUUUAUUUUAGGAAAAAUAAUUUGUUUUUUCGCAUAAGUUUUAGUUAGUACUUCUAUUUCAAGAGUAAAUACAAAGAAUUUGAAAGUUGAAUAAAACCAAUUAAAUCGAUGUAAACGUCAUAGAUUUUCUUAAGCUCUUUAAUGUUUGUAACUUGCUAUGUUGUUCUUCUUGUUCAUAAAUAUUAUAAUGUUUUCAUGGUAAUUUGGUAAUGUUUAUGUUGCCAUUGUAGGGUUUCAGAAUUAAUUUUGGUGUGUUUUUUUAUCUUUUAUAUAUUUUGGUUUCAUGGUUUAUUCAUUUUUAAAAUAUCUCCAUUUGAGCUCUAUAUAUUUUUCUAUAUAAAAUAGAUAAAUUCCAUUAUAGCGGUGAGUUUUCCCAAUGUACGACUCUGCUAUAGAGUUUCUAUAUUUCAAGCAAAAAAUGUAAUGGAAUGAUAUUUUCAACUCUAUAUUUAGAAACAAAAAUACCAUAUAUGUAUAUUUUCCCUUAAAAGUAUAGGAACUCUAUUAUUUAAUCAUACAUUGAAUCAAAUUCACAUUUAAAGUAUAAUUUCUCCACUUUAGAAGAAAAUAUAGAAAGGUGAAUUGGAAAUAAUCUUAGUUGUUCACCAAUAGAAUAUAUAUUUUUUACAGCAAACGGCUAUUAUGGAUACAUUUAUGGAUCAACAUUUUUAUCAUGUAAUUUAGAGGUAACAAAACUAUUAAUAUUUUAUAUUGUUUGAUACUGCUUUGUUUCUUGUAGCCACAAAAAUAUAUGUGCAUGAUAAAGACUAUGUUUCUGAAUCUCAUUUGUGUGAAUGACUGUUUAAGAAAAUAACUUGCAGUAGCUAUUGUAAUAGACAUGAAGAAAACAUAAUCAUAAAGAAGUUUUUGUAAUUUCCUUUUAAAUAUAUGAUAUUCAAUCAGAUAUAUAGAUUGGAGUCUCGUUUUCUCUUCUUUUUUUUCUUAGUGAUUACUCAAUUUUCAGACUUUGGAUCUACAGUUAUAGUAAAAACUAUUCAGAAAAGAAAGAUACAUAUAACCUUAAAUUAUAAUUUUAUGUAUAGAACAAUUUAAUUACAUAACUAGAAUAAUACCCGCGUUGAAACGCGGAUUGUUUUUUCUUGACUGAACUAAUAAAAAAUAUGUAUUAUAUAUACAAUAUAUUUGUUGAUUAUUGUUUUUUUUUUAAUUAAAUAUUUGUUCAAUAAAUAUUUUCAGUUUGGUUCUAAAAGCGAGUGACUGAAGUUGUAUUAGCAAUUUAGCUAAAUUAUUCAUGUAAAUUCAUUCUCAUAAAAAUAAAUUAUUUUUCCAUUUGAGUUGUUAUAUUAUUAGAAAUACAUAAAUAUCUCAUAUUACUUAUAUGGUUUCUUGAGAUCGUUCAAACUUUGUGAAAAUAUAUUAAUAAUAUUGUGAUAAAGAGAUUUUAAAGAAUCAUCAGUGAACAGUUAUAUUAUCUUUUGACUUAUGAAAUUAUAUUUUUAUUUCUAAGUCGAUCUAAUAAUUUACUGUAAAAAAAUUGAUCUAAUUAUUUAUUUAAAUGUUAUACGUGCAGAUUUAUUAUGGUGACUCAAGUAACUAACUUUUCUUUACUAUUUGAAAUUUAUUCAAAUAAUUUUAAAUAUGGUAAAUUAAGAUUAUCUGUGAUUAACUAUCUGUAUAAAAUCUAACUGUUUCUUAAGUCUUUACGUAAAGACUUAACAAUUUUUCCACAAAAUAUGGUAACAUACAGAUUCUUAACCCAAUCAAUAUCAUAUACUAUUAGUAGAUUAAGUAAUUAAGUCAAUAUUAAGUAUAUUAUGUAAUCAAUGUGUAUAUUAAAUGGUAGGACUAUGAAUAAGUCCAAAACUUAAAUGAUAAUUUUCAUGGUAGAUAAAAAUAUGACUCUAUUUUGAUAGAGUAUAUUAUAUUAUACAUAUAUAAGAUUUUUAAUAAAAUAAAAUAAAAUUAAAUAUUUAUCUUUACAUCAAAUAAGAGAAAAUUCAUUCCCGUUUGUUCUUAAUUAUUAUUUUAAUUACUUGCUACUCACUUUAUAGUAACAAUAUAGACUUGUUUUAUUAAACUGAUUCAGUUUUAAAUAAUUUUCUGAAUUCAUUAUUUCUUGAUGAUUUAUUUUGUUUAUAACAACUUAACAAAAAUGAAUUAUAAAAAAAUAGUAAAACCAAAAAUGUAAUAAGAUGAUGCAUGAAACUUGAUUUUUUUUUUUUACAAAACACCUAUAAAUAUCAGUUAUGUCAAUGAUAUAAUAAUAUAUUUUAAUGACCAAACACUAAAAAUUAUGUCAAAUAGGUGUUUGAUUUUCAUAUGACCAAACACAUAUAUAAAAAAAACAUGACAACAUCUUAAUUUUCAUGAUUAUUUAUGAAGAAUGUGAUAACAAUAAAAUGCUACUAAAACAACUAGGUAAGAAACCCGUGCGAUGUCGCAUGGGAACUCAUUUAUAAAAAAAAUAUGCCACAUUUUAUAUAAUUACUUUUGGAAAAUAUAUGUGUUACAAAAUCAUCAUACAUGCAUUUUUAGAUAUUUUUAUAGGCUACUUGUAAUAAAUUACAAAUAUGUCAGUACCAAUUAGUAAAUGCACACAUAUUUAAGUAUCUAUGCAUUUAACCUAUUAUCGUGAACUAAUUUUUUUAAAAAGCAUAUGCCAUUUUGUAGAACUUGCUAUUAUAUAAAGUAUCUUAUUUUGCUGUCAAAGAAGUUCAUUUGUCAUCAAAGUAUACUAAAAUAAGGAGAAAAUUACAUAUUUUUUAUUUUUCAUGAACAGUAAAGAUGUAUAAUAUAAGUAAAAUGAGAAAUAACCACAUACCAAAUCAAUAAAAAAAUAUUCUAAAUGAAAAAAAAACAUGUGAUCCACAAACCAUAGAAAUGUAUAUUAUAAAUUUUACUUUAUUUUAUCCCUAGAUUUUGAUUAUGAUCUAUUUUUCUACAAACUUGUAGAUUUUUCAUUGUAUUUAUGCAUUUACAAAUGUUAUUUAUGACAUUUCUUUAAUCAUGAUCAAUCAUACUAUUAUAACAUUUCUUUAAUGAUUAAUAGAUAAAUUUAUCCUAAUUAUAUGUUAAUAUUUCAUAAUAGAUUUAAAUUGUGGUAAUAUUUCAUAACACAAAAUUUAUAUAUUAUUAAAAUACAGCAGAAUCAUUUUAAAUUAUACAUCUAUUAUAUAUUUAAAUUAAUAAAAUAAUAUGUAAAUAAUGAGUUUCAGAAACUACACGGAACACUCUUAAUGAUAUAAAUAAUUAUUGAUUUAUUAUUUGAAUUCUUUCAUAUAAACCAUAAUUAGUAAUUUUAAAAAUGAAUUAUAUGACCAUUCUUUUGUUUGCCACCUUUCACUAUUUCAAGUUAUGACCUUUUAUAAAUUAAUCUAAUAAUCUUUCAACUAUUACCAAAAACAAAUAUAAAUACACACAAGCGCUUAUGCAUGUUACGUUUAAUAAUGGAUGCACACAUUGACAUGAACCGGUGUAACCUUUCAUCACACAAAUAAUGGCCAUGGCUUUUUAAUUUUAUUCUUGAUCACUAAACCAACAAACACUAAACGGUUGACCAAAUUAAACAGCAUGCAAUGCAUUCAUUCGGGCAGGUAUGCCAAUCCACUUACGCUUCCACAAAUUUAUUAAACUAUCAUAUUCUAAUCUCAAUGUCAUUCAAAAGGAUAUUGUGUUACCAAAAUUUACAGGCUUUUGUGACAUGAUCACAAAUGAAAAAAUUAUAAAAAAGAAAAACACACCUUAAAAAAAACACCUUUCAUCUAGUAGAAGAAAAUUUAGACUAAUAAAUUCAUUGUUUCGUUUAAGAUUUGUUGCUAGCCAAACACGAAUGACUCUUCUUACAAUUUUUUAUUAAUAAUGUUUCAUUUGAAUAUUUUUUAAAUAUUUUUUUGUCAGAUAAUCUUCUAAAAUAUUUAGAACCAGGCAGGGGCGGACGUAGGUGAAGACGUACGGGGUCACGUGCCCCGUCUCUUUUUUAUUUUCCUUGCAUAAUGUAUACAACUUAUGCAAUGCUCCUCUAAACCUACAACUAAAUCUGAUGAAAUAAAAUUAUGUGCCCCCGUCCAAAUGGCCUCUUACAUCCGCUAUUGGAACCAGGUAACUACACAAAACUUUCUUCGUCACUGUUUUAAGAGUUUGUGAAAGAUUUACAGUAAGAAACUCAUGGACAUGGAUUAUUUAUAGAUUUUCAAAGCUAUAUACAAAUAGUCAUAAUUUUUCAGAUUAUAGGUAAUUAUUUUAAAAUGGUAUCUCUAAAAUAUUUUUUAAAGAGACACAUCAUUACAAAAAAAUACCCUACAUUAAAAAAAAUCAUAUGAUCAAAAACAAAUUUUAAUUAAUUGUGAAAAAUUACAAUAAGAAACUCAAUAACAUGAAAUAUUUAUAGUUUUCCAAGCUAUGUAUGAAUAGUCACAACUUUUUCGAUUAUAAGUAGUUAUUAAAUGGUAUCUUUACAAUUUUUUUGAAUAUUCACAUCUUUUCAAUUUUAAAAAGAUACUUAUAUGACUGGUCACAACUUUUCAAUAGUCACAACCUUUCAACAUAAUUGGAAUUCACAACCUUUGAAAUUAAUUGGGAUUGCUAUUAUUAGUAGAUUACGAAGAAUAGUAGUAACAAAUAAUUUGAAGUUAUAUUAAGUGAAUGAAAAAAAGAGACGUCCAUUGAUAUUAAAAUAGAAAAUAAAGAAAAUCAAACAAUCAUAUAUCAUAAAUUUUAAAAUAUCACUUUAGUCUAAAGUGUUUUUUUUUUUUUAAAAAAAAAAUUGUCGCUCGUUUCUUCUUACUUUUAUUCUUCUAGUUCUUUGUGUUUGUUGUUUCCACAGUUCUUUUCUAUAGAAGUUGACAAAACAGAAAAAAAAAUUCAAGUAAUGUAUUAAGUUACACAUAUAAAUAAAUUUACAAAACAUAAUAUAUAUUACAUUUACUUUUAUUUCUUUAUGAAUUUUUAAAACUUUUAUAUGAAAAUUGAAAUUUUCUUUUUUAAUUUUAUCUCAAAUAAAUCAGUUUCGUCCAUAAUUAUAUGCACAUUUUUGGAAAUAUCUUCCAAUCCUUAUUCCUGUGAGUUUAUUUUGAAUUGUCGACAUUGAUUAUAUUAAUAUACUAGAUUAUCUCCCGUGCUUCGCACGGCUAUGUUCAAUAUGAAACCGAGAAAAUGUUAAAUAUUAAAUUUUCUUUUCCACAACAAUUACAAAUUAUUAGAUAUGAUGUAUCACCGCCUGUGUGGAUCAAUUUUACUGUCUUUAUAUUAUUUGAUAAUGUUAUAUUUUCUUAUUUAGAGCUAAAUUAUUUUCUGUCAAAUAUUUUAUGAACCUAAUAACAUUGGUGCAUUCAAAUUUUAAAAAAUAGGUUGAACGGGGGAGAGGUUACACAAUAAUUUUUUAUAUUAUUUUAAAAUGGUUACAUGUUUGCAAUAUAUUUCUAAAAUAUUGAGAUUAAAUUUUAUUUUUGAGAUUAAAAGUAUGAAUUUUUUUUACAACUAAAAUUUUGAUUUUCAAGACUUGUUUUUAUUUUUAACCACAUUACUUAUUAUGUUAUAUUUUUAGAUUAAAAGUCAUAAAUUGAGAUUUUCUUAAUCCAAUAGAAAACUGUUUUAUUAUUUUAAAGGGUUUAUGGAAAGGUGUAUAUCUAACACUAUUAAUUAUCUUAUGUCUUCGAUUUUAAAAAUCCGAGGAAAUUUGUAAAAGAAAACUUGAGAAAUUUUAAAAUUUAUUACAGAAAAUAAUUUUAAAAUUAAUUUUUUUUAACAGUUGCAGACGUUCAGGUUUAAGCAAAAAAAGAGAGUUGCAAAGACUAAAAAGUAACAAAAUUACUGUUUACCUGAAUUAUGAAUGGUCAAAUAUUCUGCAACUCCAUCUAAUUCCAUUCGUCUUCAACCCUUGCAACCUUGCUCAGAACAUAUCUUAUCCUAAUUUUUCUUUGAUUGCUCACAUCUUCUCAUUCUUCUUUUAGCUUUGAUUUCUCGUGCAUAUCUACAGCAAAUAAAAUAGUUUCAAAAACUGAAUAGUACAAAGAUUGAUGCUUGUUUUUUUUUGUUUACUCAGAUUUUGCAGCAUAAGUUAUGAAACUUAAUGAUAAAAGUUUCAAAUUUAUGUAGAAAAAAAAAAGAAGAUAUGAAGAAACCCGUCAGAAAGAGAUAUGUCUGUAAAAAAUUGUUGUUGAAAUAUUUUACAGUUUGGUGCACAAAAGAGAAGAAACGAUUUUAAUUUUUCAAAUUGAAGUGGGUGAUCGUGGCUUUGAAUGAGGAAUAGUUUAGAUUUAGAUCUAUGCAAUUUUUUUUUCAUUGGAGAAAAUUUAACUGUAUUGAUAAUGUAUUUUAAUUUAGUUUUAAAAAUUAUAUUGAAGCACAAAUUAUGUGUCAAAAUUUGAUUGGCCAUGUGACUUGUGCUUUAGUAUAUAAGAGAUAUGAAAACCAAAUUCAUGGGUGCAAAACUGUUAAACCAAUAUUUUUAUUUGACCUUGCAAAUAAUUGUUUUUUAAAUACUACAAUUAAAAUAAAAUUAUAGAUUUGUAAUUAUUUUAAACCCAUAUUUUAAUUUAGCCUUGUAAAUAAGAUUAUUUAAAAAGAAACACUACAAUUAAAAUAAAAUUAUUAAAAAUGUAAAUAUUUUAAUUUGUAUGAAAAUUAUCUUAAAUUAAUAUUUUUAUUUUGUAAUUAUAUUAAACCCACAUUUAGGAAAAUAAAUACUACUAUUAAAUAAUUAUUUGUACUUGGAAUUUCUUUGUUUACACUUUUGUUUAAAACUUAAAAAAAAAUUACUAUUAAAUAACUAUUUAGAUGAUAAUUGUUAUUUUGCACAUGUCACAAUCAUAAAUAUAUAAUUUUCAUGCAUCGCAAUCAUAUUAAUUAACAAUUUGGAAGAACCAAACUUUAUAUAAUAAAAUUUUAUAAUUUAAUUUAAUUAUUAAUCAACUUAUCUUAUAUUGCUAAUAUUUUAUUUACUAGAUAUAUGAUUUUUUUUAACCGAAUGUAUAUGUUUUAAGUGUCAACGCGCCAAACCCAAAAGGCAAAAUGAUAUACCAUGGAUUUUUUCACUGUUAGCAAAUGUAUAUAUGAGUGUUUUAGGGUAUAUUAUAUUGGUCUGAAGUAUAUUUUAGAGUAUUUUCAGGUACAAGUACGUUUUGGAGAACUUUGGUGAUUUUGGAGCAUUUUGGAGCCAUUUUAAGUGUGGAUGGAGAGCUUCCCAUGGUGCGAUUGAGAUGAUCCUUUGAUACAAGAUAGAGCUAUGAGCGUCGAUCGAUACUGAACCACGAACAGACAACAUGGUUGCGACUCUUGUGCUGACAAGGAAUUAGAAUGGAGACCUGCUUGUCCCCGGGGGUUCAUAUGUGUAAUGCAGCAGGUCAGAAAAUAGAUGCACAUGGGGCUGUAAACCUUGAAGCAUCUGCUUCUGCUGAGGUUGAUAGAGUUCUUCGAUAGAGAACUAUAGUAGAAUUGUCCAGGCUUAGUCAGUUCUAUACCAACAGGUCUACGAUUCAACCUCCAACAAUCCAUGGAGUUGAUAUGAAACCCGCCUACUUCUCUUAUGUGGAUCACCACCCCUUUCAUGGUCUUCCUCAUGAAUUUCCUUUAGACCAUAUUAAGACACUAGAAGAAUUUGUUUUGGGCAUCCAGGAGCAUGAAGCAACCAAAGACUACAUCAUCUGCAAGCUAUUCAAAUAUUCUCUUUCUGGGAAUGCGGUAAGUUGGUUGAAGCUCCUACCACCAGGAUCUCUCACUACCUGGAAUGAUGUCAAGACUGCGUUUCUGACUAAAUUCUUUGAUGAUGCAAAUCCUGGAGAGAUAAGAGAUGAGAUUUGGACAUUCUCUUAGGGACCUACUGAAACAUUCACAAUCUCUUGGGACAGAUUUAGGAGAUACCAAAGGGACUGUCCACAUCAUGGUUUUACAGAGAUUCAGCUGCUGAAAUAAUUCUGUCAGGAUAUUGAUGCGUGAUAUCAUAUAAUGCUGCAUACUGCAAGCGAAGGAAACUUCAAGACAAGGAAACCAGAGGAAGCUAAGAAAUUGAUUGAGAACUUGGUAUCAAGCAAAAUUACCAAGAAUUUGGAUAUGCACAAGAUAAAAUCGACUGCAAUGGAUGGUGACAAGAUUGCUGAGGCCGACAUUGGUUAUGUAUAUGAAGUCUCUUUGGUGGAACAGGCUAUAGAGAAGAAUGAGAAUCAUGACCAUAUUCAGAGGAUAUAAUCUAUAAUGGAAAAGAUCCUGAAAAUUUAGCAGAAGAUGAGUGACCACUUAAAUCCGAGGUUGGAUUUUGUCUACAAGAAGCUGACUGGAAAAUUUGAAGCCUUGGACACCCAUGUCAUGACGCUAGAUACCCAGGUUUCUCAGACUGCAAAAGCUAUGAAGAUGCAAGAAGCUCUGGUUAAAGGGAAAAUUGUAGAAAGUGAGAGGCACUAGGUUGAUGAUAUCUUAGAUAAUGAUUCCAGGGAAGUGAUCGAGUAUGAGAACUUGGAGGAAGAAGCUUUUCUAGUCAAAAUUUUCAUAUCCAUUGGCAGCUCACAUUGGCGUCGAUCGACAUCGUCAGCCAAGCAUCGAUCGACAUCUUCAGCUGAGCACCGAUCAACAAUAUCAGCUGGGCAUCGAUCGACACCCCCUGAAGAGUACAGGAACAGUGAGAAUUUAACGACAUUCAGAAUUUUCUGCUCGACACCCACACCCUCCCAUCUCGUACAGUGUUAAAACAGACGAUAUUGAUCGGCAUCAUCACGACGUAAUCGAUCGACAACAACAGAGGAGCACCGAGCGACAUCAGCAGCCGAGCAAUGAUCAACAAUCUCCUAUGACAUGUCAACUGCGUUUACCAGACCUCGAUGCACACCGCUUGAACAGAACUCAAAACCCAUCUCAGACAUCAGUUUGUUUACGAACAGCAUAAAAGACCAAUCAGCAACCUGCAUAUGCACCAGAGCAAGAGCAAUUGACUCUAGUUGAAACCUCUUUCCUUGAGAGUGUUGAUCGACGAUAUAAACCAGGUGUCGAUCGCAUCAAAUGGACGGACACGAACCUGUCAUGGAACGGCAGGCAACAAAAGAAGGGAUUCCAAUUGGGGAAAGAGUGAGAUCUAGGAAACCCUAUAUUCCUUAACACCUCAGGAGACAAGUUAACAAAGUGGAAUUUGAUGGAUUUCACAAGAGGGUGAAGAGGGUUCUUAAGGAUAUGUCUUUCGAGGUUGCCUAUCAUAAGUACAGACUUGGUAAUUUUUUCAGAGAGAGCAGAGAGACAGAUAAGGACAUUGAAUUGCUAUUCAACAAGGUCAGCCGUAAACCCAAGAGGACACUAAAGAAGGAACAAGAUCCUGGAAAGUUCUUGAUUCCAUGCUGUAUACAUAGCCAGAAUUUUGCAAACGCCCUCUGCGAUACUGGAUCUGCAGUCAACAUCAUGGCCAUCGACACUGCUGAGCUAUUAGGACUAAAGAUGGAGCCUUGUCAAGAUAGUUUCACUUUCUUGGAUAACUCCAAUGAAAACUCAGCAGGAAUGAUCAAGAAUGUUAACAUGGAGAUAGGGGAAUGUAUUAUCUAUGUGGACUUUCAUGUUGUGGAUAUCAAAUCAGGGAAGACAUCUCCACUUAUUUUUGGAAGAGCAUUCAUGGCUACAGUGGGGAAUUUUGUGAUCUCAAGAAGAAUAAGAUGUGCCGGACUAAUGUUGAUGAAACUGUCUUCUAUGAUCCCGUGGAGAAGAAGAACACUGAGGAGUUUAUUUCAUGAAUAGAGAUGUUUGAAGAUCCAGCACCUACAGUUGAUUCAAAUCGCGAGCUUGCAAAACUAUGAUUAGCAUCGUUCGACAUUCAUAUUUCAGCAUUGGUCGACAUUCAGCCUUCAAAAUCGAUCGACACGAAGCCAUUAGCAUCGGUUGACACCAUUCGAAUUUCAGAACAGACCAAGACUGAAAAGUCUAAGUCUAGAGGAAGGAUUAGGAAGAUGAAGAAGAAAAAGAAAAAUAAUGUUGAUGCAGAUUGCGUGUCACUAGUCCCUUCGCAAUGUCAAGAGGGAAGUCUUGAGUAUAGAGUGCGCUGCAGAGGAGGUCCAGAACCUUUUACUAGGGUUAAAGUACUAUGUGAUCCAGAGCUGAGAGAGAAAGGGAAAAUUUAUGCAAGAGCUUUUAUCAACUGCAUCAACAAAAUGAGAAAGAGAGACAUUGAGACUUGUUCUGAAGAAAGUUCACAUUCUCAUCCGGUCCAAAUAAAAUCUCCAAAAGUCAAGCUAAUGACAAAAACAUAAGCUCUGAAUGGAGGCAACCCGUUUUAGGUAAGUUUUAAUUAUUUAUUUUUUAUGUUAUACUGAUUUUCGCAUUUAUUUAUUUCAGAAAAAAGAUGAUGAACAGUGACGAUACUGUAGCAGAGGCAAUGUAACAUCGAUCGACAUUGUAGCAGAAACGUUGAUCGACAUUGUAGCAGCGAUACUGUUCAUCGGCAAAAAUAAAAAUAAAAAAAUAAUUUCUGGUUUUAUUUAUUUCUGAUUUUUUGUGUUAUAUUAAUUUCAGGUAAAAAAAAGAGAACCGAGGAAAAGAGGUUAUAUACCAUUAUGGACCGACACCUGAUCAUCGUCGGUCAACACCACUUCACAUGAGCAUCGUGCGACACCUGAUCAGUGUCAUUCGACAAAACAUCAAGAGAAUCGAUCUAUGGUCACUUAAUUGUGUCUAUCGCCAUUCACAUCCAGCGAGCAGGUAUAUCAUCUUACUUUGUUUAAUUUCAUACUUAUGAUUUAUUUUUCCACCAAUCUUAGACUGUAUAACAAUGAGGACAGUGUUUUUUUUUUAAUCUGGUGGAUGUAUUACUAAUAUUGUGCUUUAUUUUGAGUUUUAUAUUUAUUGAAUUUUAUUGAGUAAAGAAAGGGAUGUGGAAAUUUUUCAAUUUUACUUACUAUCUAACCACUCUCUAGCACCAUUCUUUGAGGUUAUUGACUGCAAGGUGUACUGAAUGGAAAUGCAAAAGUGGAUCACCUGCCAAUAACAUCCAUGCUAGCUAAGAAAGUCCGAAGGAACCAAAGCUGACUUCCAACCUUAAUAAACUUAACUUUCUUGUCUUGGGGCUUGGUUUACAUUGGAUUAGAUUCUUCUGUCAGGUCUGAAAGGUAUAAGUCUGGAAAUUUUUCAUUUUCUUCUCUCCUCUCUUCGGCAUCCAUAAGAAUAAAAGAUUAAAAUGGUUUCAUGCAGUUUAGAGGGGUAGGAGUGUCUCAUGCGACUCCAUUAUUCUUGUCUAAUGGAAUGAUCACACAUUGUUGGAAGCGAGGGGUAGAAGUGUCUCCUGUGACCCCACUAUUCGCCUACACUUACCAAGAAAAGAAAAAGAAAAGAAAAAAAAAUCGAAAAAAAGAUGAAUAAGAUCGACUGCAUUAGCAUUGGAUUUAGGAUAAAAAAGAUUCAGAUAAGAGAUAUAAGAGGAAAAGAAACCAUAAUAAGACUACAUGUGUACUUAGAUACUUACUGGAGUAAGAAUCCACGUGUCCCUUGAUCGAUACUCCAAGAUUUAGCCUACACGUUUAAAUGCAGAAAUAAUGUCAGUAAAAGGGUAUGUCAGACGGAAUCAGCUAAGCAGUGGGCUAGAUGGUUUGUUUGCUAAGCUAAGGUCUAGUACAUGAAGUGCGUCUAAAAUUGGCACUGAUUUGAUGUGGCUUGCAGCAUUGCAGAGGUAAAAGUAGGAAGUUUAAAAUUGUGUGAGUCCUUGUUGUUUUCAAACCUCUUUCACAUAUUUAUUCUUGUUUUGCUUGAGGACAAGCAAAAUGGUAAGUCUAGGGGUGUGAUAUACCAUGGAUUUUAUCCACUUUUAGCCAUGGUAUAUGAGUGUUUUAAAAUAUAUUAUAUGAGUUUGGAGUAUGUUUUAGAGUAUUUUCAGGUUCAGGUACGUUUUGGAGCACUUUUGGUAUUUUGGAGCCUUUUGGAGUCUUUUGAGGUACAUAACUAUAUAGACAUAUCAGAUUUUUAUAUAUGGAUAUAGACCUUCCCACGGUGAGAUUGAGCUGAUCAUUUGACACAAGAUAUAGCUAUAAUAUAGCUUUCCAAUGUCACUGGUUUGAGGUCAAUCCAACGGUUAGAUCAGAAGUUAUGCAUGUUUUACUGAAGUGUGGUUAGUUUGUCUCGCGAGAGAGAGCUGUUGAGGAGAUGAAGAAACGUCGAUCGACGACACAGCUUUGGUGUCGAUCGACGGUGAUGCCAGAACGCGGUCCGAGUAUAUUUGAAGACCGACUAAAGCCCAGAAGCAACCAUAAAUUACCAAGAUGCCCUUGGAUGAUCUAAAACCAUAUUUCUGUGUUUUUAGGCCAUUGUUGAUGGCUACGCUUUCUAUUAUUCUAUUCUAUUAUUUUAUCUUAGGUUUGGAGAGAAGAUCAACUCUCUUUCAGAGAUUGAUUGGAACUCUAUUGGUUUUAUCAUUGAUUUCUUAUCUAUUAUUCAGACUAUGAUUUGUGUUAUUGCUUCCAUGUCUCACAAUUCACCUAUAGGUUUAGGGUUCAAAUAGGUUAUGAAGAACUAGCCCAAAAUAUAGAACUGCUAAGUUGUUAGUGAUAUACAUCAAUAGAAUUGUUCUUACUGCUUGUGUUCUAGUGUCGCGAACUAGAACUCUGAUAUUAGGAUAAUUAGGCGCAAGCGAAAGCAUGGUCUUUUUACCUGUAUUGUGCUAGGAUUGCUAGAAACAAACGGAAAUUGAUCUAGGAAACUUAGUGAACAUAAUUCAAACAUGCUCGGUAAAGCUUGCUGGAAGGAACAUCGAUCGACAACCCUAUAGGUGUAUCGAUCAACAUUUCGAAAGGUGUAUUGAUCGACUAUCCAUUGAUAGCAUCGAUCGAUACUUUUUCCAGAUCGACAAACGACAGUUGAGAUCUGAGAUCCAGAUAGUAGAUAUUCUAAACAAACAGAAGUUGAUAGAAUAUUUCUUAGUUUGAGUUUUAUAAUAUCCAAUACUUAUCUCUAGCUUCUAUACUAUUAUAAUCCUGAUUAUCUGAAUAGAAACCCUAAGUCUACUUAUUGCUCCUUAUUGAUUACAACCUCAACCAAUCAAACAACUGUCUUGUUCACCUUGCUUUCAUUUAUUUACUGCCUUAUAAACCGUUUGUCUAGCUUAACAUUAAUUUCUAAAGUCUAUUGUGUGACCUAGCUCUCUGUGGAUUCGAUCUCUAAAUACUACAACUUGACCUUUUGUUUGAGAAAGUACAAAUCACUUAGGGUAAUUUGAGUGAUAUCGCAAAACAUAUUUAUUUUAGUGAAAGUUCAAAUUUAAAAAUCAAAUGUGCUCAUUUACAGGGCAAAACAUAUUUUCCCAAAUUGCAUAACAUAUUAAAUGUGGCGAGUUAGUUGGUUUUGACACCCUAUCUUAAUCAUAAUUUUCUAAAACAAAAAUCCAGAUCAGAACCGCUGUGGAAAUAUUAUAUGAGCUGGGUAAUCUCAAAAAGUCAAGUCAACUAGAUAUGAACAUACUUCAUUUAAUUCUAUAUAUUACGUCUCUGUGCAUGUAUCUAAGUUAAUAAGCUACGUUGAUGAUGGCGGCGCUUCUUCAUCUCAGCACUCUCUUUUCACUCUUAGCCACAAUCCUUUCAAUCGCAGAAAGUAUAAGCAUUGACUGUGGAUCAACGGGAUCCUACGUUGACUCGAACAAUGUAACAUGGGUCGGAGAUAAAGGCUUCGUCACGACCGGCGAGCCCAUGAAGAUUCCAGACGUCAUUACGAAGCCGAUCAACACCCUGCGGUACUUUCCAACUGGCCAAACCAACUGCUACACCAACAUUCCGGUGACAAAACGCCAGAAAACACUCGUGCGGACAAAGUUUUACUACGAAAACUACGAUGGUAACUUUUCCCCGCCAUCUUUCGACUUGGUUUAUGAUGGGAAACACCGUGAUUCUGUUGAAAUCACUGAGUCUUUACUCAACAACGAGGAGACGUUCUAUUACUCGGAGUUGAUAUUUGCUCCGGCUAAUGAGAGUAUUAGCGUAUGCCUCAUCCGUACGUCUCCAUCCGACAACCCGUUUAUAUCGUCCAUCGAGGUUUACAGCUUAGACGUCGGAAUGUAUGCCGAUCUUGGUCCCAGUGAAGGUCUGAUUACCCGACAAAGAACUGCUUGCGGGGCCAAAGAGAGUAUAAGCUACCCGUUAGAUCCUUACGGUAGGCCAUGGUACCCGUUAGGUGCCGAUGAUACACUGGCCGAUCUAACAACCUCAGCCCCGUCGAUAGACAUCACAGGGGCGUCAAACAAGCCGCCAGAGGUUGUUAUGUCGAAGGCAUCGUCAUCGCUUGGGGAAAGCAUAAAACUCUCUAACUUGGCGCUCCCCUUAACCGGUCUACCGGUAUACUUGGCUCUUUACUUCUCGGAGCCUCAGACUCUAGGUCGCACCCAAAGACGGUCAUUCAACGUUUUCUUGGAUGAGACCCAAGUUGGUUCCGGUCCCAUCAUUCCGGUUUUUGGGAAAGCAACUCAACUUGUUUUGAGAGAUGUAGUGGCCACGUCAGGGUCCCAAAUAGUAUUUCAGUCCACUGGUGACUCGGUUUUGCCACCCAUCAUUAACGGUGUGGAGCUGUUUUCGAUAAGUAACAGCCGGAAUGGUGGAGGUGGAGGUGGAGGCCGAAGCCAAAGCAGCGGUGGUAAUAAUGACUUUGGAGGUUAGUCUUUAAUUUUAGUUUUAAGUGAAAUAAUAGCAAAAAACAAUGGAGGAAAGAAGAAGAAAAACAAAUUACCACUCAUUCUUGGAGUUGCGUUCGCCUCUGCGUUUGUAAUUCUCUCAUCAACGUUUGGAGCUAUUUUCUUGAGAAAGCGUCAAAAUACUAAGCCACAGUCCAAUACCACACCAACUACGUCCACAGAGAAUGGGACAGGCACUGGAAUGUCACCUCUAGUUGAACAGCAAUUUGCUAGUGAUGCAGACCACUCUUAUGUUGUUCAAGAUGAUCAUCACUGACAUUGGUUCCUAGUUGUCAACGAGCUACAUCCAUGUGUUUUUAUUCUACUUUUAAAAUUUAUGAUAUUUUUCUUUAUAAAUAGUAUUCUGUUUAAUUGUUAUCCGACCAACAAUUGUUAUUAAACUCAUGUUUUCAUCACAUUCUUUUUAAAGAUAUGGGCAUUACCACUGAUUUCA